AUGGGCGAAACCCUGACGACGCAGCUCCUCACCUCCUUCCUCCCCGCCGACGUCGUCGCCCUCAUCGACACGCACAUCCUCGACCCCCAAUCGCCCGUCCAGGCCGUCAAGCGCACCGCCGUCGCACAGGCCCGCCGCAGCGCCGACGUCGUCCUCCCCGUGCUGCAGCCCCUCGUCGACCGCGCGCUGGCCCUCCUCGCCGAGCACCAGGGCGCGCUGGACAUGCUCGUGCCGCUGGCGGUCCUGCUGGCGACGCUCGUGGUGCUCAACUGGGUGCGCAGGAUCAUCCUGUGGUGGACGCGCCUGGCCUUCCGGGCGGUGUUUUGGGCGGCCUUUGCGGCGCUCGCGGCGUGGGUGGUGAACAGGGGCGUGCUGGUCAGCGCGAGGGACGCGGCCGUCUUGGGGGCCAAGAUUGUCGGGUACAUGGCGGUGCUCAAGGACGUGUGGCUGGAUGAGUAUAAGCGGUAUGAGGGACAGGAGGCGAGUGGAAGGUGGGAUGACUAUGCGGCGAGGAGGAGCAGUAGCAGUAGGGUGCUUAAUGCGCAGGCGAGGUGA